AUGGCCGAUUUCGUUAAAUUAUCCAUCUUCGGUACUGUAUUCGAAGUUACCACUCGUUAUGUCGACUUACAACCUGUCGGUAUGGGUGCUUUCGGUCUUGUCUGUUCCGCAAAAGAUCAACUCUCAGGUACUUCAGUGGCCAUCAAGAAAAUCAUGAAGCCCUUCUCUACGCCCGUCUUGAGUAAGAGGACUUAUAGAGAAUUGAAAUUGCUCAAACAUUUGAGACAUGAGAACAUCAUCUCAUUGAGUGAUAUCUUUAUCUCCCCUCUCGAAGACAUCUACUUCGUCACCGAACUCCUUGGUACCGAUUUACAUCGAUUACUCACUUCUCGACCGCUCGAAAAGCAAUUCAUCCAAUACUUCUUAUACCAGAUCCUCCGUGGUCUGAAAUACGUUCAUUCGGCUGGUGUAGUUCACAGAGAUUUGAAACCUUCGAAUAUCCUUGUCAAUGAGAACUGUGAUUUGAAGAUCUGUGAUUUCGGUCUCGCCCGUAUCCAAGAUCCCCAAAUGACAGGUUACGUAUCGACUCGAUACUACAGAGCACCAGAGAUCAUGUUGACAUGGCAAAAGUAUGAUGUGGCUGUCGAUAUCUGGAGUACGGGUUGUAUCUUUGCUGAGAUGUUGGAAGGAAAACCAUUGUUCCCUGGAAAAGAUCAUGUCAACCAAUUCUCCAUCAUCACCGAAUUACUUGGUACCCCUCCUGACGAUGUUAUCCAAACUAUCGCCUCUGAGAACACUCUCCGAUUCGUACAAUCCUUACCAAAGAGAGAAAAAGUACCAUUCGCUACCAAAUUCCCCAAUGCCGAUCCCCUCUCUCUCGACCUAUUAGAAAAGAUGCUUGUAUUCGACCCUCGAACACGUAUUUCAGCUGCCGAGGGUUUAGCUCAUGAAUACCUCGCUCCAUACCAUGAUCCAACCGAUGAACCUACCGCCGCCGAAGUGUUCGAUUGGUCGUUCAACGAUGCUGAUCUGCCUGUGGAUACCUGGAAGGUCAUGAUGUAUUCUGAGAUCUUGGAUUUCCACAAUUUGGGUGAUAUCUCACAAAACGAAGCUGAAGGUCCGGUAGUUGGUGAAGUACCUCCUGCACCUGCCUCAUAA